AUGGGCACGGUGCUGAAGGCCACUGAUGAGCUGCUCGGGGUCGAGAAUGUCGAGCGACACGAGGGGGACCUCGUGGUCGACCUCGGGCACCUCAUGGCGUUCGACCCGGCCCCAGUCGACCUGGUAAAGCUGCGGCAGGACCCCGAGGGCCACCUCGCCGAAUGCUGCCGCGCCAUCACGCAGUCCCUCUUCCAGGAGGUCUUCUCUCUUCCCUCGCAACCCGUCGACGUGGGCCAGGGCCGCAUCGCGCAGCUGCCGAAACCCACCACGGUGCUGCCGCGGGAGAAGCCGCUGCCGAAGCCGCGCGCGCCGACGAAGUGGGAGAUCUUCGCGCAGCAGAAGGGCAUCCAGAAGCGCAAGCGCUCGACGCUGGUCUGGGACGAGGCGGCGGGGGAGUGGAAGCGCCGCUUCGGGUACAAGCGCGCCAACGACCCCGGGGAUGUCGAGAUCAUCGAGGCGAAGGACGACGACGUGCCGGGCUCGGACCCCUUCACGGAGCUCGCGAAGAAGAAGAAGGAGCGCGUGAAGAAGAACCAGGCGCAGCGCGAGGCGAACCUGAAGGAGGCCCAGCGCGUGGGCGGCAACGCGGCGCUCCCCGCGACCGUGCGGCUCGGGAAGGGCCUCGGGUCGGCGGGCGGCGGGACGAAGCAGCGGCGGAAGGACGCGGUAGGGGAGCUGAAGAAGGCGUCGCUGCAGGCGGGCGUGUCCACGGCGUCGAUGGGGAAGUUUGACAAGUUGCUGCCGGGGGAGGACGCCAAGGAGCGCAAGGUGCUGCUCAAGGGGAAGCGGGCGAAGAAGAUGCCGGUGGUGACGAAGGACGGGAAGGAGCGGAAGGCGGUGUCGGCGGUGGUGGACCGGAUCAUUCGGGAGCGGGCGGACGACAUCAUUGACUACGACAGGGCCAUUGGGAGGAUGGAGGCGGAGAAGCGGGCGGCGCGGCACCGGGAGAAGGUGGAGGCGGUGCGGCAGGGGGGCGUGGAGAAGGGCAAGGGGAAGCCGGGCAAGGCGGGGCGGGGCAAGGGCAGGAAGAAGGGGUGA